GCAGAAGCUAGCACAAGAUUGUAAAGCAAUUAUCCUCCAAUCAAAAAAUUAAAAAAAUAAAAAGUUAUUCAAGAAGAAAAGUUAUUCUUUGGGCGUUGUCUGGGUGCUAAGCACUGGCCUCUCUGGGCUCGGGAAAGAAAACAGGCCGAGUCUGUCCCCACUAUUGUGGAGUUUACAGUCAGUAGGAGGAGACAGAUAAUAAACAUGUAAACAAAAUGAAAGAAAGAAAACUCUGUUAGAUAGUGACAUAUGGUAAAUAAAACAGGAUGUUGGGACUUUGAAUGCCUUGGGAGCAGGCUUUUUUUUAAAAACUGGGUGGCCCUCCAUUUUGAGGAGGUGACAUCUGAACUGAGACUUAUGAAGAUCUAGGGGAGGGGCAUUCUUGGCAGUGGGAAUAGCAGGUGCAAAGGCCCUGGGGUAAGAAUCCUCUUGAUGUGCUAAAGGGACAGAAAGAAGGGUACUGGAUCCUGAUGAGGUUGGUGGGGUCAGCAAGGGCCAGAUCUCACAGUGACUUCUAGGCCAGGAAAAGGGAUUUAGAUUUGAUCCCAGUUGUUUUUGUUUGGUUUUUGACUGCAGUGUGUGGCACGCGGGACUUUAGUUCUCUGACCAGGGAUCAAACUCAUGCCCGCUGAAGUGGAAGCGUGGAGUCUUAACUACCAGACUGCCAGGAAAGUCCCAGAUAGGGUUUCGCUUGUGCUGGGAGGCCGUCAAGGGUUCAGAGCAAAGAAAACGCUGUGAUCAGAUUUGUAUUUUUAAAAAAAUGACACUUUCAUUGAGCUGUACACUUUAAGACUUGGGUGUGUUACAUGUGUGUAUGUUAUACUUUAAAAAGAGAGAAGGGACUGUGACAGUUUGGGGCUAAGUGCCCAAAGGAAGCUGAAAUCUGGUUAAGAGAUCUGAUUUUAUUUUAGUAUUUUCAUUCCCCCGGCAUUCCAGCAUUCCCUUCACUCCGAUUCCCUGUCUUUAGAUCCAGGCAGUCCUUCCAGACCAUCUCAGGAGAAGUCCUGAAGAGUGAAUCGUCCUUGAGCGAGCAGCACUCAGAACGCAGGUAUCGGAAGCCUGCGAUCUGCGCUCGGCAUUGCUGCCGCUGCAGCUGAUUCACGCUGUGCACUGCUCUGUUGCUCAUCCGUCACCAUGAAGCCGCUGCGCCCAGCCCUCCCCAGCUACUUCCUGCUGACCCUGCUCAUCAUGCGGACAGCUGCUUCUGAGGCUCGUGCUGUGUCCACAGGGACCACCCUCAGCGCAGCCUCUUUUCUGCAAAACCUCAUGCAUCGCUACGGGGAGGGUGACAGCCUUACCCUUCAUCAGCUGAAGGCCCUGCUCAACCACCUGGACGUGGGAGUAGGCCGGAGCAACAUCUCCCAGCCCGUGCAGGGCCCGAGGAACCUCUCGACGUGCUUCAGUUCUGGAGAACUCUUUGCUGCCCACAACCUCAGUCACCAGUCGCAGAUCGGGGAGCGUGAGUUCCAGGAGUUCUGCCCCACCAUCCUCCAGCAGCUGGACUCCAGGGCCUGCUCCUCCGAGAACCAGGAGAAUGAGGAAAACGAGCAGACGGAAGAGGGGAGGCCCAGCUCGGUGGAAGUGUGGGGGUACGGUCUCCUCUGCGUGACCGUCAUCUCCCUCUGCUCCCUCCUGGGGGCCAGCGUUGUGCCCUUCAUGAAGAAGACUUUUUACAAGAGGCUCCUGCUCUACUUCAUAGCCCUGGCGAUUGGAACCCUCUACUCCAACGCCCUCUUCCAACUCAUCCCUGAGGCUUUCGGCUUCAACCCCAUGGAAGACUAUUAUGUCUCCAAGUCUGCAGUGGUGUUCGGGGGCUUUUAUCUCUUCUUUUUCACAGAGAAGAUCUUGAAGAUGCUCCUUAAACAGAAAAACGAGCAUCAUCACGGACACAGCCACUACACCUCUGAGACGCUCCCCUCCCAGAAGGACCAGGAAGAGGGUGUGACAGAGAAGCUGCAGAACGGGGAUCUGGACCACAUGAUUCCUCAGCACUGCAGCGGGGAGCUGGACGGGAAGACCUCCGUGGUGGACGAGAAGGUCAUCGUGGGCUCCCUGUCCGUCCAGGACCUGCAGGCUUCCCAGAGCGCCUGCCACUGGCUGAAAGGCGUGCGCUACUCAGACAUCGGCACGCUGGCCUGGAUGAUCACCCUGAGUGACGGCCUCCACAACUUCAUCGACGGCCUGGCUAUCGGCGCCUCCUUCACUGUGUCCGUCUUCCAGGGAAUCAGCACCUCAGUGGCCAUCCUGUGUGAGGAGUUCCCGCAUGAGCUUGGAGACUUCGUCAUCCUUCUCAAUGCCGGCAUGAGUCUUCAGCAGGCUCUCUUUUUCAACUUCCUCUCUGCCUGCUGCUGUUACGUGGGCCUGGGCUUCGGCAUCUUAGCCGGCAGCCACUUCUCUGCCAACUGGAUCUUUGCACUGGCUGGAGGAAUGUUCUUAUAUAUUUCACUGGCUGAUAUGUUCCCUGAGAUGAACGAGGUCAGCCAAGAGGAUGAACGCAAGGGCAGCACCUUGAUCCCCUUUGUCAUCCAGAACCUGGGCCUCUUGACCGGUUUUGGCAUCAUGCUAGUCCUCACCAUGUACUCGGGACAUAUCCAGAUCGGAUAGGGCCCCACCAGGAGCCGGCGGGGUUGGCAGACCGUCCCCAGGCUGCCCGACCCCUGGCCUAAGGACGCCUCAUCCAGGAAGCACUUUGGAAGAGGCGGUUCUAUUAAAAACUGUGACACGGACUCUAUUCCUACAUUCAAAUGUCAGCUGGUUUUGAAAAUGCUCUGUCCAAGGAAUAAGCUGCCCUGGAAACCAGCCUCUCGGUAGUGCCUCUGUCCCUUUCCUCUUCUCAACGCAGCUCGAAAGACAAGCCUAACUUUUCCCUCUGGUUACCUUGGCCACUUUCUCUCCCAACCAGCACUGAGACAUUCUGAAUCCUUGGCCAGGUGAUGCAGAAAGAGAGCCAGGGCUCACAGCUUGGUGAGAAAUAGUAGGAGGUGAGUCUACAGUUUGGGGCUCAUAAAGUCUCAGUGUGUUUCCUGGGCCUCAGGGUGACCCAUUUUUAAGUGAAUUUGCCUUUUUUUUUACAGCAAAGGUACAAAGGACAGGAAUCCCUCUUAUAUUUUCAGUCUGUUCGGUUGCCUGUUCUGUCAAAAAGUCAGAGCUGGGAACAGAUGAGCAGGGCUGGAGGAGAGGCAAGGAUCGCUGUGUAUGGACGAGGGGCGUGUGUCUUGUCAGGACAGUCGCUUAUCCCCACUGGGACCCUGGGCCAAAAUCGGUUCUGCGCCUGGUGUUUCGUGGCUGUCCAGCUGAGCGGCCAGUAGUUUGUGUUGCCUGAACCUCCCCUCCUUUCAGAUGAACACUGGCGGACACGGGAGGGCAGAGAAGAGAGAUCUCUGAGAAACCCAGUGGCUUGCUACGAUUCCCAGCCCGCAGCCCCCACCCCAUCUCCUGAGAGACAUGUCCACUGCCUCCCUGGCAGCACACUCUUAGGCACAGUGACGACACCCGUGUCGGAGGGGAGACCGCACACAUCCACCUCCCUGGACAACAGAUCCUCCUGCCAGGCGACGGGUUUCGACUUUCAGAACGGGAGUGCUGCUUGGGGUCUUCUUGACGAGGGUGAGCGGGGUGCAGGCAGCGUUUAGGACUUACUCCUGCCGCAGCUAACAGUACACUGAUAGGCUGAUAGCACACUAACAGUACACUGGCAGACUCUGAGCGGAGAGCGGAGCACCCUUGGUGUUCACAGAAUAGGGGACCCAAGAGUUCCCGCGGCAACCAGCUGGGUCCCCCUUCCACCCUCACCCCACACCAGAGAGGGCGAAGCCUGUAUGGGACUGAGUAUGAAUUAUGCCAGUAACUCUUCAGAAAAUGGGUUGAUAGACUCGUGUGUGGGGGGGGGGGACCGUAGGUCACCUGCUUGCCCUGUGGAGCCCUCUCCGCAGAGCUCCAGCUGUGAGGGGAGCUAGUCUCCAGGUUCACUAGGUGAAUUGCUGUAUUAUUAUCAUAUUGAUAACGUGAGAUUCCUCAGCCACUCUGGGGAGCCGACCUCCGCAGAAGCCUUUCUCAGCGGUGCCCGCGGUCGCAGACCAGCCUGUGCGCGUGGCUGACCUGUGCUGGUCCAUCGCCACCGCUCGAGCGCAUUUCCGUUCUCACAGGAAAACUUUUCCACUCUACAGUAAUUGAGAGCAUCGACUCUGGUUUUUUUUCUUUCUUUCUUUUUUCCUUUGGGAAACAUCCCUCAAACCAGGACUAUUCUUGAACAUGAGCAGGAAAACCAUUGGUGAUGCUUUACAAGUUUUUCUCAUCUUGCCUGUUGAUUUGGAUAGGUUUGAGAAUGGGCGGAAGGAGGAGGAAGACUCAGUUCUCAAGAUUCUAGAUGUACUGUCAGGACAGACUCCCUGGUAGGAUUACGGUCCAGUUUUUACCAAAGAACCAAUUCCUUGAAUGUUGGAAUCUAACUUUUUAUACCGUCAUUAUUAUUGUCACUGUUAACUGUUUUGAAACGAAUCUUUGUCUCUUCUGUUUCAUUUUUCUCACAUUGCUUUCAAGAGCUAGCAAGAAAUAACACUCAAACCUUAGGACCCUAGAUGAUUUUGCUUCCCUUAAUUUACACGGAUGUAUUAACUUGAUAAUUUUAGCAUUCCCUGUAGAUCUGUCCUUCCUUACAGACACUGGUACUUGUGGAGUAGAAUCCUAAGUAAGCAUUAGUGGGUUUCUAGUUUUAGGAGAAGAGCCCAAAAAUGUAACCUUGAGCAAAUUAAAAAAAUAAAAUAUGAGCAGUAGGGUGUUUUCCCUUCUCGUGCACAUCCGUAUGAAGAACUGACUUUCCUUUCAUAGACACCUGCCUCAGAGGGGAGUUUUUUUCAAACUGUCAUUGGUCCAGAGGCCAGUCCCAGUUGUAGCUUAGGAGGGGUAGAGACACUCAAAUUGUGCAACGGAUUACCUGUUGCCAUGGCAACAGAUUUGCCUCAUAAAUCAAAAAUGUGGCAGUUUCUUUUUGAAGUGUUGGGUUUGCUGUUUCAAGCAUUUGUACACAGAAGUCUGAGGAGUAGCAAGUUCUGAGGACUUAUUUCACAUCUGGCAUUAGCAUCUUCAGCCUGUCUCCCUUGUGGACCACCUUUCUCUAAGGAUAACCAGAAAGGUAUGUGUAACAUGCAGGAGCCGUGACUCCAGAGGAGGGGUUCUGCUGCUUCUCACCCUCCCCCUGGCUUGCAGGUCUGCUGUCCUUGCCCCCAAGGGUUUUUGUGUCUAGUGUCAACUUAGGUCUCCCCUUCACUGGUCCUUCACCCUGGGUUUUAAAAAGAAAGCUUCUCUUUUAUGACCUCCUAAGACCUGGUUUUAGUAAAUCUUCUUCCACAUGGUAAUAUGGAGAUAGCAAUAUGUUGGAAAUCUGCUUAAAAAGAAACAAAAGGUUGUCUGAUUUUUGCAAAAGAGAGAGGUUAGCUUUUUAUUAUUCAUAUUUUAUUUUACAGUUCUGCAAUUCCAUCACAGUAUUUUUUUAAAUGACUCAGGUGUUAUGAAGAUAAAUUAGAAAAUAAAAUAAACUUAAGUUAUGUGGACUGUAAAUGUUUUUAUUUGUAAGAUUCUAUAAAUAAAGCUAUAUUCUGUAACUAUUGAA